CAAGAGAUGCAGCGCUUCUUUGGUUUGCCUGCAAGUGGAGAGCUGACUGAGGAGACUCUGGCCGUUAUGAGGAAGCCACGCUGUGGUCUGUCAGAUGCUGAACCAUUUGGAGAGACACUUCGCUGGAAGCAGAGCACCCUCAGCUACAAGGUUUCCAGCUACAGCCCAAUCAUCCCAGCCUCCCAGGUUAAGAAAGUCUUCAAGGAGGCAUGGAAACUCUGGGCUGAUGUUACACCCAUCCAUUUUCGCAAGAGGAGCAGGAGAGAGGCUGACAUCGUUAUUUCCUUCUACAGCGGUGACCAUGAGGAUCACUCACCCUUUGAUGGCAAAGGAGGCAUCCUGGCCCAUGCCUUCCUGCCGGGGUUUGGUAUUGGAGGAGAUGUGCACUUUGACGCCGAUGAAGACUGGAGCUUUAAUGCAACUGGCUACAACCUAUUUUCGGUGGCAGUACAUGAAUUUGGCCAUGCCCUUGGUCUGCCCCACUCCCCUGACCCCGGAGCUGUCAUGUAUCCAGCUUACAACUUUGUGCCUAAAUCUGACCUUCAGCUCUCUCUCCGGGACGUCAAAGAUGUCCAGCACAUGUAUGGUAUCAAUCCCAAUUUCUUUUCACUAUCCUUGAAGAGGCCGCCUCCAAGAACACCUGACAAAUGUGAUCCAGAUUUGUCUUUUGAUGCUGUAACAGAACUGCAGCAGGAGGUCCUGUUUUUCAAAGACAGAUUUAUGUGGCGCAAGCAUCCCAAUUUUGACAAGAUAGGAAUCACUCUUAUAAACAGUCUGUGGCCAGACAGCAUACCUUCCAAGUUGGAUGCAGCUUAUCAGAACGUGGAGAUGAACUUGAUGGUGUUUUUCAAAGGUGAUCAGUACUGGGUGAUUAGGCAGUUGAGACUUGAAGACGGCUUCCCAAAAAACAUCUCCAGUUUGGGCUUCCCUCCAAGGGUGAAGUCUGUAGACGCUGCUCUUCACAUCCGCAAUGACCGCCACACUGUCUUCUUCACUGGACAUGAGUGCUGGAGAUAUAAUGAGGUAAAUAACACAAUGGAGUCACCAACAGCUGUGGCCCAGCAAUGGCCAGGGGUUCCCACUCCCCUGGAUGCAGCUGUCUCAUAUGAAGGAUUUGUGUACUUCUUCAAGGGCAACGUCCAGUACAAAUACGAUCCUGAAGCCAAACAUGUCGUCUCCACAAGGCCUGCUAAUGAUCUACUGGAAUGUGAAAUAGAGGCAAAUAAUGACACCCUGACGGAGGGGAGAAGAUGAAAAAUACGUGUAGCUUCUUUUUGGGGAUGCUGAUAGCGCUGAUGCAAUUGUAUGUGCUGUGUGUUUACGUGUGUGUGUGUGUGUGUAAGUAAGAGAGAUGGGGGCGUUAUUAGGGAACUAAUGAAUGAUGUGGGAAGUGGUUAAAAGUAUUACUUAACUACGUAAUACAGUGGUGUAAUAGUGGUGUUUGUACAGUUUUUGUGUGUGUGUGUGUGUGUGU